AUGUCGCGAGCUGCUAGCCACCUUCUUAAACGGGUACUCAUGGUACCUCCACAACAUUUUACUGUCGAAUACAACAUCAAUCCAUGGAUGGGCGGAAUUGUGGAUAAAAAGAAAGCAUUCGAACAGUGGAAUGCGCUGAAGAAAACCAUCGAGCAAGAAGGCGUUCAGGUGUUGACAAUGGACCAAACGCAAGGAUUACCCGACCAAGUUUUCGUGUGCAAUUCUGGUCUCGUAUACAAUAACAAUGUCUAUCUUAGCAAGUUUCGUCACAAGGAGAGGUCUGGAGAACAAGAACACUAUUUGAAAUGGUUUAAAUCUCAGGGAUUUCAUGUUUACGGUGAGGACUACCCAGAAUUCUUUGAAGGUGGUGGCGAUUCGGUGUUUUCCGAUCCCAGCACGCUGUGGGCAGGAUACGGGCAGAGGUCUGCCAAAGGGGUUUAUGAGAGAGUCAAGGCAAUGGGAAACUUCGAAAUUGUGAUCUGCGAUUUGGUUCAUCCAAAUUUCUAUCAUCUCGAUACAUGCUUCGCUCCUGUCGAUGAGACCACUGCACUCUGGUAUCCACCAGCAUUUUCAGAGACCACAAAAAAAGAGAUUUUGCGAAGAAUGCCUCAUGCAAUAGCUAUCUCCGAUGCCGAGGCCAAGGCCUUUGUGUGCAAUGCGAUUACAAUACGAAACACUGUGAUCUCACCCAUUGGCGUCUCUGAGGCAACUCGAGAAGCACUUAGUAAGCGAGGCAAGUCGGUUGUGGAGGUGGAUAUGAGCGAAUUCAUGAAAAGUGGAGGCGGCUGCCAAUGUCUUGUGCUUCGACUAUAA